GUAACUACCCAAAAAAGCACUCGUGCAGUCUGGGUUGGGUCUGCCUUGCUCGCUGCUUAUUGGAAGUGUUCUCUGGCUACAUGGUACAGUGAUAACCUGGGCAUUUCUCAUCCCUUUUUUCCCGCUUUGUGCACAAGUAGAGCUCAUGUCUUUGUUGUAGACAUGAUGAGCUUUGUGCAUUCAAGGAUUUGCCUUUUUCUGGUUGUCUCUGUGGCUCAGGUUUUGUUUGUGAAAUGCCAGGAUGGAAACAGUGGAGAUGACGCGGGCUGCACGGUCGAUGGCCAGGUGUACACCAACCGAGACAUUUGGAAACCAGAGCCAUGUAGGAUCUGCGUGUGCGACAGCGGCUCCGUCCUGUGUGACGAGAUCCAGUGCGAUGAGCUGUCCAACUGUGAGAAGGUGACCAUCCCCGAGGGCGAGUGCUGUCCCAUCUGCCAGAGCGAGGGCGGCUCAGACACCAGUAGCAACGGCAGACCCGAUGGUGGCAGAGUCUACAGGGGUCAGAAAGGAGAACCUGGAGAAGUGCCACAGGUGACUGGGAUCAGAGGUCGUCCUGGGCCUAUGGGGCCUCCCGGAUCGCCAGGAUUCAGAGGGGACCGAGGACAGAAAGGAAGACCUGGGCUACGUGGAGCAGCAGGAUAUGACGGAGAGCCUGGUGUGCCUGGAAAUCCAGGAGAACCCGGACCUGCAGGAAACCAGGGUCCACCAGGGGGACUGGGAGCUCAGAUGGCUGGAGGCUUUGGGGAUGAGAAAUCUGCCGGCCAAACGGCCAUGGUGUCAGGAACUAGUGGGGAAGCAGGAGCAAGAGGACCUCCUGGGCCAAAUGGAAACCCUGGCCAUGCUGGACCACAAGGACCCCCUGGGGAAGUCGGUGAUCCAGGUCACAUGGGUACAUCUGGACAAAGGGGACCUGAAGGGCCCCCGGGAAAGCCGGGUGAAGACGGAGAAGGAGGAAAAUCAGGAAAUUCUGGAGAGAUGGGAUUCCCUGGAUCAGCGGGAGCUCGAGGAUUUCCAGGGACACCUGGGCCUCCCGGAUUGAAAGGCCAUAGAGGUCACACAGGUCCAAUUGGUCUAAGAGGUGAAACUGGAACUGUAGGAUCCAAGGGUGCAUUAGGUCCCACGGGUCCGAUUGGCACACCUGGCUCUAUGGGCCCUAGAGGCAUGCCUGGGGAGAGAGGUCGCUUAGGAGCAAAUGGAGUGCCGGGAAUGAAAGGUCCUCCUGGGAACAUUGGUAAAUCUGGUCCGAUGGGUCCAUUAGGUAUCAAUGGUCCCCCAGGUUAUCCAGGAAUUCCAGGAAUGAAGGGCCAACCUGGUGCCACAGGAGUGCGGGGGCCCGAGGGGCAACAGGGACAGAGGGGCGAGACAGGACACCAAGGCAGGGCAGGAUCUACUGGCCAACAAGGUCCUUCAGGAACAGACGGGGGGCCAGGUACUAAGGGUCCAGUGGGUACUAUGGGUGUGCAGGGUCCCGGGGGUCACCUCGGCCCCCAUGGUCCACCCGGACCUCAGGGAAGCACUGGACAGCCUGGGAUCAAAGGUCAACUGGGAGAUGUUGGUAUACCUGGGUACAAAGGAGAGGCAGGACCCAAAGGAGAACCUGGUCCCCCUGGUUCCCAAGGAGUAAUCGGGCCGCAGGGAGAGGAGGGAAAGAGAGGAACUCGGGGUGACUCUGGCUCACUAGGACCACCUGGUCCUGUUGGUGAGAGGGGGUCUCCUGGUAACAGAGGUUUCCCUGGUGCUGAUGGAUUACCUGGGCCUAAGGGUGCUCAAGGAGAUCGUGGACCUUCUGGCAUAUCUGGGCCUAAAGGUUCCGGAGGGGAUCCCGGGCGCACUGGCGAACCUGGCCUCCCAGGCGCACGGGGUCUGACUGGCACUCCAGGAGUCCAGGGAGCAGAGGGCAAACCCGGACCACUGGGUCCAGCAGGAGAAGAUGGCCGCCCAGGACCAGCAGGGUCGAUUGGAACCAGAGGUCCUGCAGGAACCAUGGGAACACCUGGACCAAAGGGCUUUAACGGAGACCCAGGGAAGACAGGCGAACAAGGAUCUCUGGGAGUGGCAGGACAAAGAGGUCCUCCUGGGAAAGAGGGGGAAGUUGGCCCUGCCGGUCCCGCUGGCCCUUCGGGCGUUGCAGGUGAAAGAGGAGAACAGGGACCACCUGGAGUGAAUGGUUUCCAGGGAUUACCUGGACCCCCAGGCCCUCCUGGAGAGUCAGGAAAACCAGGUGAUCUGGGUAUCCCUGGAGAAGGAGGUGCUGUUGGCCAGAUUGGACCAAGGGGAGAGCGUGGAAUCCCAGGGGAGAGAGGAGAACUCGGACCUCUCGGUUUGGCUGGAGCCAAGGGAAUCCCCGGAGCACCAGGACCCGAUGGACCAAAGGGUAGUCCUGGUCCCACUGGUAGUCUUGGUGACCUAGGCCCUCCUGGUCUUCAGGGGAUGCCUGGCGAGCGAGGGAUCUCUGGUUCUCCUGGGCCUAAAGGCGACAGAGGGUCUGGUGGAGAGAAGGGAUCAGAAGGUACACCUGGAAAUGAUGGCGCAAGAGGUCUUCCUGGUCCUCUCGGCCCACCCGGACCCAAUGGACCUAGCGGUGAAAAGGGAGAAGCUGGACCUAAAGGUCCUCCCGGGCCUCAUGGAUCAAGAGCUAUGCCUGGACCCCGUGGUGAACCUGGUCCUAUUGGUCCCGUUGGGUUUGGUGGACCACCCGGACCUGAUGGUCAACCAGGAGUCAAGGGGGAGCCUGGAGAGCCUGGUCAGAAGGGUGAUGCUGGUUCUCCAGGGCCUCAGGGCUUGGCUGGAUCCCAUGGACCUCCUGGUAUUGUCGGUGUGGCUGGACUGAAGGGUGGAAGAGGAACCCAGGGUGCACCUGGCCCCACUGGUUUCCCUGGAUCUGCAGGCAGGGUUGGACCACCAGGCUCAACUGGUCCAGUUGGAGAGGCUGGACCCCUUGGUUCCCCUGGGAAAGAGGGUCCUCCUGGCCUUCGUGGAGAGAAUGGAUCCCCUGGAAGACAAGGAGAAAGAGGCCCCCCAGGACCAGCCGGGGGCUCAGGAGACAAAGGAGACUCUGGGGAAGACGGACCCACGGGUCCUGAUGGACCUCCAGGUCCAGCCGGAACAACAGGACAGAGAGGCAUUGUGGGUCUUCCUGGUCAGAGGGGAGAACGUGGAAUGCUGGGACUUCCAGGACCAGCAGGUCCUCCAGGAAAACAGGGGACGGCAGGACCUGGGGGAGACAAAGGCCCCACUGGCCCGGUCGGUUCUCCUGGUGCCAACGGACCUCGUGGUGAUCCUGGUCCCAAUGGUCCUGCUGGAUCUGAUGGGCCACCAGGCAAAGAUGGAGUCAUUGGUCAAAGGGGAGAUCGAGGGGACCAUGGUCCAGAGGGUCUGGUUGGGACCCCAGGACAACCAGGAACUCCAGGUCCAGUCGGUGCCACCGGUGGUUCUGGAAAGAGAGGAGACGCUGGUUCCAGAGGACCAAACGGUCCACCCGGUUCAGCAGGAAAGAGAGGGUUAACGGGACCACAAGGACCAAGGGGUGAUAAGGGUGACCUCGGAGACCAUGGAGAUAGAGGACAGAAAGGACACAGAGGUUUCACCGGUUUGCAGGGUCUACCUGGACCACCUGGUACAACAGGAGAGCAGGGAGCGUCAGGAAUCAUCGGACCAAGCGGUCAAAGAGGACCCCCUGGACCAGUUGGACCCCCGGGAAAAGAAGGGUACAUCGGACAACCUGGACCAAUGGGACCUCCUGGAACCCGUGGAAUUAGUGGCGAAAUCGGACCUGAGGGACCUCCCGGAGAGCCUGGUCCCAAUGGUCCUCCCGGGCCUCCCGGACCCCCCACAGCUGCCAUGGAUGACCUAUUUGGCGGCAUGCACGACUAUGAUGCUGGCCCCCCUCCUCCAGAGUUCAAUGAGGAUGAGGCUCUGCCCAACAGCAAUGCCACUCAGCAGCUGGACCCAGGUGUUCAGGCCACUCUGAAGGCCCUCAGCAGCCAGAUCGACAGCAUGAAAAGCCCAGACGGCAGCAGGAAGCACCCGGCUAGGACCUGUGAGGACUUGAAGCAGUGCUACCCACUGAAGAAGAGCGGUGAAUACUGGGUCGAUCCAAACCAAGGAAGCUCAGAGGAUGCUAUCAAAGUACAUUGUAAUAUGGAGACGGGAGAGACUUGCAUCUCAGCCAACCCCGCCAGCAUACCUAAGAAAGUAUGGUGGGGCACCUCAAGGAAGAAGCCUGUGUGGUUUGGAGCUGAUAUCAAUAGAGGAACACAAUUCACCUAUGGUAACAAAGAUCAACCUGCCAACUCGGUCACCGUCCAGAUGACAUUCAUCCGUCUGCUCUCCAAAGAGGCUUCUCAGACCAUCACCUACCACUGCAAGAACACAGUGGGCUACAAGGAUGAGGCGACUGGGAACCUAAAGAAAGCAGUCAUCCUCAAGGGGUCGAAUGACCUGGAGCUCAAGGCAGAGGGAAACAACCGCUUCAGAUACACCGUGGUGGAGGACAGUUGUGGACAAUCCAAUGGCAAAUGGGGCAAGACAGUGUUUGAGUACAGGACACAGAAAACAGCCAGACUACCAAUCAUGGAUAUGGCCCCUGUGGACAUCGGUGGUUCGAAUCAGGAGUUUGGUAUCGAUAUUGGGCCGGUUUGCUUCCUAUAAAAGCCAACAACAACAGGGAUGCAUGGAAGAGAAUCCAGAGACUCUUGAACUGACAGCUGACACGAUCAGCCAUGUACAUACAAGUACUGGUGGACUAUUCUCGCCCCGUAGCAAGAUAUUUAUUGUGCCUUUCCAACCUUUACCCCAUCGUAGUCUAUAUGUUUUCGCCCUGUGUACGUUAGAUGAAUGUUUGGGAGAAAUAAAGAGCAAGCAAGCCACAUUUAGAAACGUUGCUUGCACUUGAGAAAUAUAGUAUGAGCAUGUUUCAUCUGUAAUUACCUUUAAUUCAUGCCAAGGUACAAAGAUCCAGUGCAUUGAUACAAUAUUAGGUUUUAUGGAACGAAGAUAAAAAGCUGCCAAAAGUCCUUGACAAAUAUGAAUGCUUUACCAAAAACGUAGUCAUUAACUGCUGUUCAUAAGAUGAGAGCUUCAUUCUGUAAGAAUAUAACUACAAUGGUUAAUUCCACCUCUUAGAUUUCCUAACCUCUUGUGUUACAUAAUUAGUUUUAAAAAUGUAUGAAGUGUUUUCAAUGUCAAAUGAACAUUUAUGGUGCUAUUGAGGAAAUUAAUUCAGCUAAAAUGCUUUCAUUGGCACACAUCGUUGUUUUUUCUUUCCAGAACAGAAUGAGUUUAAUACAACUGAUGUCUGCAUCCAAGUUAUCAACUCUGUACUGACUCCAUUGAAUACAAAUUAAAGAUCGAACCAGACGGUCGAUUCCUCAGUGUUAGCUACCUCGUCGCCACAAACUGGGAUGCCACAAGUUUGUUGUUGUCUGUAAGUGUUGACCAUGUGCUCCUCUCCCAGCUACGGUACAGGAUAGGGUUUGCGGCUAAAAAUAAAGAUGGAGAGGUGGAAUCGGUGUCUCCUGAAAAGUGUGGUGAUUGUGAAAGAAUUUCCUUUUUUUUAAAUGAAUUUGUGGUCAUUUUAAAACUGAGUGUGUUCUAUUUUAAAUUCAUGAUCAUUUUAACACUACAAGUGCGUAAUGACUUUUUCUGCAUGUUGCCCUUUAAUUAAGCCACUUUCUCUUAGUUUUAUUUUAUAGCAGCUUUUGAGACAUUCAAUAAGAUGAAAAGCCUAUUUGCUUCAUGUAUUUUUGCUGUGCAACAAAUUAAACAAAAAGCUUGUCCAUCCCCAAAGCUCUUUUCUUGUCACAUUAAUUAGCUACGGUUCUACUUUUUUAGGUAAAGCUGUGCCGUACUGCAUUUACUAAGUCAUUUGUUUGCACAGAGAUAAAUGAAAUAUUGCUGAAGGUAGAGUACACGUGGACUGAACAUAUUUUUAGCUUUGUAAUUAUAAAUGUAUUAUGUCCAUUGUCUUGUUGCUUCAUGUCUCUUUUUAGUUGCAUUUUUCCCCCUUAAUCAACAUUCUGAUUUCUUUGUUUGAGGUAACUUACCAUAAUGAUAGUAUUUAUUAAAAAUGUCAAAACUGUAAAUAUUCUGGUGGCUGAUAGGUCCACCUCCGAGGCAGAUCAAUAAGAUAUUCUAUCCUGGAAUCAAGUCAGUUUCAUCCACUGAAAUAAAUAAUAAAAUGAUUUUGUUCUG